AUGUCGUUAUGUUGUCACGCAAAUCAUGAUCCAUCAUGUCCUGAUGUUCCUGUCCCACCAGAAAUAUUUUCCAAUGUCUUGCAAGAUACAACUAAAUGUAAAACAAAAAAAGGAAAAAAAAAGAAACGUGUCGCUCCGUUAGCCAUUAAUCGUCGAACGAAUUCAAGUGAAAGCGAUGAAGAAGAUAAUGGCAUUCCUUCACCACCACCUGUUAAUAACUGUUAUUUAGCCAAAUGUCCGUGUGAAACACACUUACAUAAACAAUUAGUUGAACGAAAUUAUCAAUUGUCUGUAGAAAAAUUAUUUGAUCUCAUAUUUGGAGAUAAUGAAUUUGUACGAACAUAUCGUAGUGCACAAAGAAUAUACGAUGAUCAUGCAACAGAAUGGACCAUAAAUCCCCAAUCACAGAAUCGUGAACGUGUGGUAACAUCCAAAAUACCAUUUGUAUCUGUAUUAGGAAAUAGUACAAUAUCAAGUACAGAAAAACAAGUCAUACGAAAUGAGAAGAAAUAUUCGUACUAUAUCGUGGAUAAUGAUAUAUAUAAUACGGGAGUCAAAUUUGGUGAUACAUUUUAUGUGGCAUUACGCUAUUGUCUAGUGCAAACAGCUGUUAAUCAUUCAAAUUUAAGAAUAACAGCUGAAGUUCGAUAUCUUAAAACUGUUAUUGGCUUUAUGAAAAAUCUCAUUGAAAAAAAUGCCAUUGCUGCAAUACAAGUUUCACUCCAAGAUUUAAGUAUAAUAGACUCAAUUUAG